AUGUGGUGGCGGAAACAGACAGUGGCGGACGUAAAAGUGCGCGCUAGGAAGUUCAGGGAGUCUCUUGUUCGCCUCGGCCCUUUCUAUGUCAAGGCGCUGAGCACGCGCCCCGACAUCCUGCCGCCCGAGUACUGCGCUGAGCUGGCGCUGCUGCAGGACCGCAUGGCGCCAUUCCCCUGCCACGUGGCGCUUGCUACAGUGCAGCGCGAGCUGGGAGUGCCGCCCGGCGAGCUCUUUGCCGAGUUCAGCCCGGCCCCUGUGGCUGCUGCGUCGCUCGGGCAGGUGUACAAAGGUAGAAGGGGGUGUGAAGGGGUCCCGGCCCCGGCGGCUGCUGCAUCGCUGGGGCAGGUGUACAAAGGUAGGAGGAGGCGCGAGCUGGGAGUGCCGCCCGGCGAGCUCUUUGCCGAGUUCAGCCCGGCCCCCGUGGCUGCUGCGUCGCUCGGGCAGGUGUACAAAGCCCGCCUGCGCUCCGGCGAGUGGGUGGCGGUGAAGAUCCAACGGCCAGCAGUGCAGCAGCAGAUCGCCCUGGACUCCCUCGUGGUGCGCCGCGUGGCAGCGCUGCUGCAGCCUCUCGUGCACGGCAGAUCCGAUCUCGUUGCCAUCGCCGACCAGCUGGUGUGCCGCAUGUUCGACGAGGUGGACUACGAGCAGGAGGGACGCACGUACAAUGUGUGCCGCAUGUUCGAUGAAGUGGACUACGAGCAGGAGGGGCGCAAUGCAGAGCGCUUCCAAGCGCUCUAUGGCGACCACCGGCCCGUCGAGCAAGGGCAAUCGCAAUCGCAAGCCUCUCAGGGCAUGCGCCGCGGCCUUGUGAAGGUUCCAAGAAUCUUCUGGAAGUACUCCAGUCGGCGCGUGCUCACAAUGGAGUGGAUCGACGGCAUCAAGCUCACGGACCGUGCAGGGCUGCUGCAAGCCGGCCUCAACACACAGUUCGUUGUGGACCUGGGAGUUCUCUGCUCGCUGCGCCAGCUGCUGGAGGAGGGAUUCUUCCACGCGGACCCGCAUCCGGGCAAUCUGGUGGUGACACGUGGCGGCCAGCUGGCGUACUUUGACUUUGGCAUGAUGGGCGAGUUGCCACCUCAGCAGCGAAUCAGCAUCAUCCGCGCCGGGAUGAGUGAGGGGAUGAGUGAGGGGAUGAGUGAGGGGAUGAGUGAGGGGAUGAGUGAAGGGAUGAGUGAGGGGAUGAGUGAAGGGAUGAGUGAGGGGAUGAGUGAAGGGAUGAGUGAGGGGAUGAGUGAAGGGAUGAGUGAGGGGAUGAGUGAGGGGAUGAGUGAAGGGAUGAGUGAGGGGAUGAGUGAAGGGAUGAGUGAGGGGAUGAGUGAAGGGAUGAGUGAGGGGAUGAGUGAAGGGAUGAGUGAGGGGAUGAGUGAGGGGAUGAGUGAGGGGAUGAGUGAAGGGAUGAGUGAGGGGAUGAGUGAAGGGAUGAGUGAGGGGAUGAGUGAGGGGAUGAGUGAGGGGAUGAGUGAAGGGAUGAGUGAGGGGAUGACCUGUGACAAUCUACACCUCCCCCCUCCCUCCCUCCCUCCCUCCCUCCCCUCCCCUCCUCUAUCGCCCACCCAGGUGGUGCACUAUGUGAAUCGCGACGCCCACGGCCUAGCGCAAGACUUUCGGGCGCUGCACUUCAUUCCGCCAGAGGCAGACGCGGCGCCCGUUGCUGCAGCGCUUGCAGAGGUGUUCCGGGAAGGCGCGGCGAGGAAAGGGGACAGCAUGAACGUGGCGCCCGUUGCUGCUGCACUCGCAGAGGUGUUCCGGGAAGGCGCGGCAAGGAAAGGGGACAGCAUGAGUGGCAGCACGAGUGGCAUGGACUUUCAGGGGGUCAUCCUGCGUCUCUCCUCAGUGAUGUACCGCUUCCGAUUCAGCCUGCCGCCGCACCUCUCUCUUGUUGUGCGCGCACUGGGCUCGCUCGAAGGCACGGCCACAACGCUGGACCCCAACUUCAAGGUCCGUUCUCAAAUGAACUCGUAG